GUCUUCAGAGACACACCUUUAUGUCUUCAGUCUGCUGUUAACUCUCAGCAGGACGUUGACACUUUACAGUGGGACAGAAAUCUGAUAUCAUCUCAAACUGUGUGGACUCUGCUAUGAAUCAGGCUGAGGACAGAGAGGAGGGAGUCCCUCCCUCUAAAACCACUCUGUGUGGGGAACAUGACAGCCAGACCAAAGCUCAGAGGCCAGACUCUCCUGUGUCCAGCUGUGUGUCCUUUAAGAGUGACCUGUCUAUGGAUGAACCUAUGAGCUUCAAAGGUGGACACCCCUCCGAUCAAAAGAUCCAACAUGAGAGACCAGACUGUCCUGGACCUGGACCUGGACCUGGACCUGGACCUAAACCUGAACCUGGACCUGGACCUGAACUUGGACCCAGCUGUGUGUCCUUCAAGAGUGACCAGUCUAUGGGUCGACCUAUUAACUUUAAAGAUGGAGAGCAUUCUGAUAGUCAAAGGAUCCAGCAGCGAGGACGAGACUGUCCUGUCCCAACCUGUGUGUCCAUAAAGAGUGACCGCUCUAUGCCUCUAUAUGUUUGUUUCAAAGAUCAGGAAAACUCUGCCAAGCAGAGAGGUCAUCAGGAAAAUUCAAAUGUUCCCAGUGGUCAGCCUGCCCAGCAACAUCCAACAGAUCUGGACUCCAUAUUCAUGCUGCUUGAGAAGAACAUUGUCAGUUUUGUGAAGAACGAACUGAAAAGGUUUCACAGUAUUAUGAAUCCAGAUUACCCAGAAUGCUUAGAGAGUCAGCGUGAGGAUGAAAAGUGGUUGGACAGUGAGGAUGUGAAGCAGAGGAGGAGCAGCAGAGAGGCGUUUAUGAACAUCACAUUGAAUUUCCUGAGGAGAAUGAAGCAGGAGGAGCUGGCUGACUAUCUGCAGAACAGAAUUCAGCUGUGCCAAUGUAAACUCAAGUCUAACCUGCAGAAGAAGUUCCAGUGUGUGUUUGAGGGGAUCGCUAAAGCAGGAAACCCAACUCUUCUGAAUCAGAUCUACACAGAGCUCUACAUCACAGAGGGAGGGACUGCAGAGGUCAAUGAUGAACAUGAGGUCAGACAGAUUGAAACAGCCUCCAGGAAACCAGACAGACCAGAAACAACCAUCAGACAAGAAGACAUCUUUAAAGCCCCACCUGGAAGAGAUGAACCAAUCAGAACAGUGAUGACAAAGGGAGUGGCUGGCAUUGGGAAAACAGUCUUAACACAGAAGUUCACUCUGGACUGGGCUGAAGACAAAGCCAACCAGGACAUACAGUUCACAUUUCCAUUCACUUUCAGAGAGCUGAAUGUGCUGAAAGAGAAAAAGUACAGCUUGGUGGAACUUGUUCAUCACUUCUUUACUGAAACCAAAGAAGCAGGAAUCUGCAGGUUUGAAGAGUUCCAGGUUGUGUUCAUCUUUGACGGUCUGGAUGAGUGUCGACUUCCUCUGGACUUCCACAACAAUGAGAUCCUGACUGAUGUUACAGAGUCCACCUCAGUGGAUGUGCUGCUGACAAACCUCAUCAGGGGGAAACUGCUUCCCUCUGCUCGCCUCUGGAUAACCACACGACCUGCAGCAGCCAAUCAGAUCCCUCCUGACUGUGUUGACAUGGUGACAGAGGUCAGAGGGUUCACUGACCCACAGAAGGAGGAGUACUUCAGGAAGAGAUUCAGAGAUGAGGAGCAGGCCAGCAGAAUCAUCUCCCACAUCAAGACAUCACGAAGCCUCCACAUCAUGUGCCACAUCCCAGUCUUCUGCUGGAUCACUGCUACAGUUCUGGAGGAUGUGAUGAAGACCAGAGAGGAAGGAGAGCUGCCCAAGACCCUGACUGAGAUGUACAUCCACUUCCUGGUGGUUCAGACCAAAGUGAAGAACAUCAAGUAUGAUGGAGGAGCUGAGACAGAUCAUCACUGGAGUCCAGAGAGCAGGAAGAUGAUUGAGUCUCUGGGAAAACUGGCUUUUGAUCAGCUGCAGAAAGGCAACCUGAUCUUCUAUGAAUCAGACCUGACAGAGUGUGGCAUCGAUAUCAGAGCAGCCUCAGUGUACUCAGGAGUGUUCACACAGAUCUUUAAAGAGGAGAGAGGACUGUACCAGGACAAGGUGUUCUGCUUCGUCCAUCUGACUGUUCAGGAGUUUCUGGCUGCUCUUCAUGUCCAUCUGACCUUCAUCAACUCUGGAGUCAACCUGAUGGCAGAAGAACCAACAGGCACCUCCCAGCUGUCUAAAGUCUUCAGAGACAAACCUACACUAACACAUCUCCACCAGAGUGCUGUGGACAAGGCCUUACAGAGUCCAAAUGGACACCUGGACUUGUUCCUCCGCUUCCUCCUGGGUCUGUCACUGCAGACCAAUCAGAGACACCUUCAAGGUCUGCUGACUCAGACAGGGAACUGCUCAGAAACCAAUCAGACAACAGUUGAGCACGUCAAGAGGAAGAUCAGUGAGAAUCUGUCUGCAGAGAGAAGCAUCAACCUGUUCCACUGUCUGAAUGAACUGAAUGAUCAUUCUCUAGUGGAGGAGAUCCAACAGUACCUGAGUUCAGGAAGUCUCUCCACAGAUAAACUGUCUCCUGCUCAGUGGUCAGCUCUGGUCUUCAUCUUACUGUCAUCAGAAGAAGAUCUGGACGUGUUUGACCUGAAGAAAUACUCUGCUUCAGAGGAGGCUCUAAUGAGACUGCUGCCAGUGGUCAAAGCCUCCAACAAAGCUCUGCUGGAUGACUGUAACCUCUCAGAGAGAAGCUGUGAAGCUCUGUCCUCAGUUCUCAGCUCUCCAUCCUCUAUGAGAGACCUGGACCUGAGUAACAAUGACUUGCAGGAUUCAGGAAUGAAGCUUCUUUCCAUUGGACUGCGGAGUCCACACUGUGAACUGGAAACUCUCAGGCUGUCAGGCUGUCUGAUUUCAGAGGAAGGCUGUGUUGAUCUGGCCUCAGCUCUGAGCUCCAACCCCUCCCAUCUGAGAGAGCUGGACCUAAGCUACAAUCAUCCAGGAGACUCAGGAAUGAAGCUGCUGUCUGCUGGACUAAAGGGUCCAGACUGGAGACUGGACACUGUCAGGGUGGAUUACUGCAGUAGGAAGAGGCUGGAACGUGGUCUGAGCAAAUAUUUCUGUGAACUCACCCUGGACACAAACACAUUAAACAGACACCUCAAACUGUCCGACAACAACAGGAGGGUGACAUGGUCACUGAAGUGUCAACCAUAUCCUGAUCACUCAGACAGGUUUGACUACUGCUGGCAGCUGCUGUGUACAGAUGGUCUGACUGGUCGACGUUACUGGGAGGUGGAGUGGAGAGGAAAGAUCGUUAUUGCAGUGACUUACCGAGGAAUCGGUAGAAGAGGACAGGAUGGUGUCUGCAGGCUGGGAUGGAACGAUCAGUCCUGGAGUCUGUACUGCUCCAAUAAACGUUACUGUGUUUGUCAUAAUAACAAAGUCACAGCCAUCUCCCACCGCCCCUCCUCUCGCACAGUAGCAGUGUAUGUGGACUGUCCUGCUGGCAUCCUGUCCUUCUACAGAGUCUCCUCUGACUCACUGAUCCACCUCCACACCUUCAACACCACCUUCACUGAGCCUCUGUACCCUGGCUUUGGGUUCGGGGUUAGUAUUAAAUCCAGCUCCUCAGUGUUUCUGUGUGAGCCAUAGGAUGGAGUCUCCUGGAGAAAGAAACACACCAGUGACGGAGAGGACCGACUGAAAUCGCUCAUCUUGUAUAAUAUCACACACUGAUGUGCAUUAAAAAAACAUUUUAACAUCAGCACAAUCAAAUUUUGUAUACUGGGGGAAGUGAAAUUAUUUCCUGAGAGCUGAACUCACUGUGGUGACUCUAUGUUUGUAGUAAGACACAUUUUGGGGCAGCAGUAGCUCAGUCAAUAGGGAGCUGGGUUUGGAACCAGAAGGUCACCAGCUCAAGUCCCCGUCCAGAUAAAAUCCUUAUUUAACGAUCAUCUGCAGGGUUGCCAACUCUCACACAUCUGGCGUGACUGUCACUCUUUCACCAUCAAUGUCACUCUCUCACGCCCGUUUAAGAAAUCUCACGCCGGAUGUUCACUGGAUCCGUCGCGUGUGCGAUUCGGCCACGGCACAGACUCGCUCCAUCCUGUGCCGGGCGUCAAUGUCCACUGAGAACUAUAGCGGCGCGCACACAAGCGACUGGAAUUGGCAGAUCGCAAAGAUCACACUGUCACGUGAUAAUCUGCGGAAAUCUCCUCUGAGCCCCUCUUCGUGUUUGACUUCAGGCCUGGGGCCACCCACUUUCACGUCAUGUUGAUGUAGCGAUGUGUUCUUCCAGGAGUUUGCUGUUCACUUCCUGUAUGAAUGUAGAGCAGAAACCAUGAUGUUUUUUUACAAACCUUACCAUGUGCUUUCAUUGCAAGGUGUCAUUAACAUGUCGUCCCAGAACAUUAACAACAGGUGCAGGAGGAUAUGAAGAUGAAAUGUGUAAUGUGCAAUUGUGAAAGUCCGCUGACAAAGCGGUGAUAUUUCGUCAGAAUGAGAACAGGCUGUCCGUAUUUGACGUUCUUGGAGGCGUCUCAGCUGACGCUUGUUACAUGCGUCCUGUCUUUUCAAUAUAAACUUCUGUUUUCACAGGAAAUGUUCAGUUUCUGCUCGGUAGAUAGUCUUUUUCAAAAUAAAAUUACAACAUGGGUAAAACACCUCGCAUGUACUUUUAUUUCCCUGUGCAACACAACACGUGGUUAGGUUUAGAAAAAAAAAAACAUCAUGGUUUGGCUUAAAAUAACGCCACGUAGAACAUUAAACUGUUACUAAAAUAACUCCAUUAACUUUUGGUUUCACACAGGAAGUGAACAGCAGGCUCUGGGGUGAAAGUCCGGUGUUUGUUUUACCCAUCCACCUGUCCUACAUGGACCUUCUCACUACGGCCGUUACAGGCGAAGUCAGAAAUUGUCACCACACACUGCGUAUCAUAACACCACGAAGAGUGACUAGCUGGUAGUGAGACCUUCAAAUGUCGUCUAAUAGAUAAAAUAAACAAAAUAAACUCACAAAAUGUGAAUGUGACGGAGCGGCCCCGUCACUGAGUGCGGGCAGUGCACACAUACACAUACACACACACAGACACACAUGCUACGCGCUAUGCGCUACACGUUACACACCACUCAUCAAACAUUUCCGAGCCCCGUUCUGGUCCACUACAUUGGUUGCAAUUAUCGCCAUAAUUCACCGCCCCACAGUUCUGUAGUUUGCACGAGGGUGCACACUCGCCGUUCUGCACGCCUGUUCAUACCCAUCCAUAUCACACAGACACUCACCGCAGACGCCAGGUUGUCCUCCCCGCUGCCCUCUGUCAGACGCCGAAUCCGCCAAACAGGGGCAUAUCGAGUUCCUGGGGUUUAAAGGGGACGUAGCUGGAAAAUGGUCACCUGAUUAAUUUAAAUGUGUGUUUGCGCUAAUUAUGUUUAUUUUGCAGUACUGGAGACUGUAUGUUGACAUGUUGAACAGUGAAUAUUUAAAGGAGGUAUUUCUCUGUAUUUAACUAUUUGUCAAUACAUUUUUGGUUGUUUCUAUUUGUAGGGAAACACUGAUUUCAAAGUUAAUUAUUCUUUUUGUGUCAUGCCCAGUGGGAGGGGCUUAUGAUUUAUAAGGCAGCCAUCUUGUCCAUGUUGGUGUGGAGAGUUGGUGGUACAUGGCAGGUAUUUGACAACAAGAGAAAGUACUGAGUGAGCGUGUUUUUGGACUAUUGUCCUUGUUUUUUUGGCCGUUGGUCCAGCUGUAAUUUGGGUUAUUGAAGAACUCUGAACCCAGUGUACCUUUUUGUACAUAUUUUGUUGUUACUUUGUACAUAUUUUUUUCACUGUUUUGGUUGGUUUGGUGGAAUAAACACUUU